ACGGACAACCCCAGAUUCCAAAACUACUGUCCCUACUGCCAGAUAGCGACCGGACCGUCUGCAUUACCACCCCAAGGCCUACGCGACCCGCCUACAUAUUCGCCACCACCCGAUGAGCAGCACAUGGAUGACGAGUUACCACCCUACUCAGCACACAACUCGCUGCUGACACCGCCGCCGGAGAAGGCCAAGAAGAAGGGCGAGGACGCACCCGAUGUGCUGCAUUUUGUCGACCAGAACAACGACUCGAUACUCUCGUUAUCACUGCGCUACGGAGUCCCCGCCGACGCCCUCCGUCGAACGAACAAUCUGUUUGCCGAUCAUCUGCUAGCGGCGCGUAGAACGGUUCUGAUACCAGGAGAAUACUACAAAGGCGGCGUCAGCCUGAGUCCGCGGCCACUCGAAGGCGAGGAGGAGGAGAUCAAGAAGACCAAACUGCGCAAGUUCAUGGUCAAGUGCAAGGUUGCAGAGUACGAUGUUGCGCUUUUGUACCUCGAACAGGCCAGCUGCAACCUCGAGCAAGCGAUUACUGCGUUCAAGGCGGACGAGGAGUGGGAAAAAGAGCACUCUCUGGAAGCAGCAAAGAAGGGUAAGUCGAGGGCUUCACAGAGUCUAGGACGUCGGAAAUGGGGGUUCGGAGGCCUUACGGGUCAAGCCUCGUAGCGCAACAAAGUGUUUCUUCUGGUCAAAACUUUUGCGCAGUGCAUGCGUUGCCGCUGUGGCUCGCCGCGAUAACCGUCAAGGCUGGCCGUUCGCACGGUGACAGCGGUAGUAUCCGCACAUGCGGGUCAUCAACCUCUGGCGCUAUGGAGAAUCGUCCGAGCAGGACAGGCAGGCAACCCAUGCUUCGGUGAUUACGCAUGUAUGCAUGUUUCUACCAUCGGCUAAUACGGC